AGUGUCCGAGACUGUGCCUCUCUCUCUCUCGCCAUUAACAGACCUUAGAAAAACCAGAAAUUUCAUAUAUCUGGUCAUGAAGACGAGGAUUGAGAGUGUAUUCUGAUGAUAAAUUCAAUGGGUUUUCAUCUUUUUAGACAAGGUAAGUGAUUCUGAAUUCUCCAAGCCUUCUAAAUGAUUUCAUAAUUCAUUCUGAAAUUAGGGGUUUUACAAAUUGAGAGAGAAAAUGGAACCACCACCAAAUGAAUCAAAAAUGAUCCAAAACGUAAUCACCAUUCUAACUUCAUCUCCUCAACCCGAGCCCCAACAACUGAAAUUCAUGAAUCAAUACAUUCCAAACUUAAAACCAUCUUUAAUCCAAUCAGUACUCUCAUCACCACCCCUUUCAACAAAACCCAAAACCCUUCUCUCAUUCUUCAAAUGGUGUCAAUUUCAUCUCCCAGAUUUCCCACAACCCAUAAACACUCUUCCUUGUUUACUCACCAUAAUUCCUCCACUCAUUCGUUUCAAGAAAUUCUCAGAUGUUAAAUCCUUACUUGUUUCAUUCAUAUCUAAAGACCGUAAUGUUCUUCUUGAUUCUCUUCUAAAUCCAAAGGGUAUUUAUCCUCCUCCUUCUAAAGAGUUAUUAGAUACUGCCGUUGGAGCUUAUGUUCAACAGAAAAGGUCUGACAUUGCUCUUCAGAUAUUCAACAAGCUUAAGCGAAUGGGUUAUAGGCCGAACCUUCUCACUUGUAACACAUUGUUGCAUUCUUAUGCAAGUAAGAAAUCUUCUUAUUCUUUAUCUGUUUGUGAAUAUGUUUUUAAGGAUUCGAUUAGACUUGGGGUAACGCCAAAUACAAAUACUUUUAAUAUUUUGAUUAAAGGAUAUUGCUUGAAUAUGAAACUUAAAGAAGCUAUAGAGAUGAAAUGUAGAAUGCAUGAUGAGUUUGGUUGUUGUCCUGAUAAUGUGACUUAUAAUACCAUAUUCAGUGUGUAUUGUGCAAAGGGUUUGAUAAAUGAGGCUAUGGAUUUGCUUGUUGACAUGAAAAGUAAAGGGUUGGAGCCAAAUAGAAGGACAUUCAAUAUUUUUGUAAGUGGGUAUUGUGGGGUUGGAUGGUUAGAGAAAGCAGCAAAGACUGUUGAAUUGAUGACAGGGAGUAAUUAUCAGCCCGAUGAUUUUACGUUUAAUACGUUGAUAAGUGGGUAUUGUAAGGAGGGUAGGAUUGACGAGGCGUUUAAGCUUCUUGAAUUGAUGAAAAGUGCGAAAUUGUUACCUGAUGCGGUUACUUAUAAUGCAUUAAUCAAUGGUUGUCUUAAGUGGAGGACGAGUAUGGAAGCAAUCAAAUUGUUCGAAGAAAUGUGCAAAAAGAAUGUGAAGCCAACUGUUGUUACACAUAAUAUUAUUAUCAAAGGGUUUUGUGAAGAAGAGAAAUUGAAGGAAGCGAGGGAGUGGGUUGAGAAGAUGGAAGAAAGUGGGGUUAGCCCAGAUUGUAUUACUUAUAACACUUUGGUUAAUGGAUACAGCAAAACAGGGAACAUGAUGGAAGCUUAUAAGACAAUAGAUGAGAUGCUUAGGAAAGGGUUAAGGACAGAUGUUGUGGCUCUCAAUACUUUCCUCCACACACUAUGUAAUAAAGGAAAACUGAAUGAGGCAUAUGAGUUGCUUUGUACCGCCCCAAAGAAGGGUUAUGAUCUUGAUGAGGUUAGCUAUGGUACACUGAUCAUGGGCUACUUUAAGGAAGAAAAUAUGGAUGGGGCGUUGGAGCUUUGGGAUGAAAUGAAGAAGAAGAAGAUCCUUCCAAGUGUCGUUACCUACAAUUCAGUUAUUGGUGGGCUUUGCAAGAUGGGCAAGAUUAAACAGGCCAUGGACAAGUUAAAUGAACUAUCAGGUAGUGGGUUGAUUCCUGAUGCAAUUACAUACAGCACAUUGAUUCAUGGAUACUGCAGAGAAAGAGAUGUGGAGAAAGCAUUUCAGUUCUACAACCAAAUGGUUGCUAAGUCGUUUAAGCCUGAUGUUAUUACGUGUAACAUUCUUCUUCAUGCACUCUGCAAAGAGGAGAUACUAGAUAGGGCUGUUAAACUCUUUCGCACAUGGGUCUCGAGAGAAAAUGCUGUUGAUGCCACCACGUAUAAUAUACUGAUUAUGGGACUUUGCAAAGAAGGGGAAAUUGAAGAUGCGUUGGAUUUACGUCUGGAAAUGAAAGAAAAGAAACUAGUACCUGACCAUUGUACUUACUAUAGUAUCUUAUCUACUCUUGUACAGUUAGGCCGAACUGAAGAAGCCCUGAAUUUUAUUUCCGAGAUGAAGGAAGCUGGAAAAAUACCUGAUAAAUCUUCUUUCACUGCACCAGAGAAACUUAUUUCCCAAGGACAGCAGCAAGAUAAGUCUCAAGAAAUGGUAGCUUGUUACUCUGAAGAUCUGGAGUCUACCAGUGAUAUAACAUACACAAAACACAUUGAUGAGCUAUGUACAGAAGGGAAGUUUAAAGAAGCUAACUGUGUUUUGGAAAAAAUGAAGCAACAAGGUGUUGCAGUAAGUAAAUCCACCUAUAUUACCUUAAUGAAAGGAUUAGUUACGAGGAGAAAAAGGACGUCAAAUGUAGCACGGUAGAUGCCAAGUUACUGAUGAGUCGCCUCCAGAUUCUCAAAUUGGGUCCCCCAUCACCUUGUAGCAUUGAUACAAAACAUUCAGGUUGACUUGAUGACAUCUGAGUUUGAUGGAAUGGGUCGAUAAAGAAUAUUACUUUGGUUAUACUGAAAUUUUAGGCUAACCAAUUGAGUAUUUUCAUGAAUUGGUUGUCAGAGUUUUGUUUGAUUUAGUUAAUUUGAUCUGGCUUUUGUUUAAUUUGAACAAAUUCUUUGUUAGUGGAUAGACAGUUUUUUUGGAGCUAGGACUAGAAAUACUUGAGCCUAUUUUUUCUCUCAUUUUGGUGUAUACCUUAUUCACAAAUUUCGUAGUUACAUGAUGUAUCUUUUGCAAUGACUUCCUCUCCUUCUUCUGUCCAUAACAAUUUACUAUGGCCAUGAAAAGCUUUGAUAUAAACACAUAAUUACUAUGGAGAUCAACAAGACAUCACAAUUGUUGGUGCUGAACAAUAUUUGUUUUCUAUUUUCAGACCCUAGAUUAUUUGGGAUUUUUUGUAGUUAGACUUGCAACUUUUGUAAGCUCUUGGUGGUUUGAGUUUCCAUGAAUAGUUUCUUUCUAUGUGAAUUAAAAUAGAUGCCAGUUUCUUUGAUUGUCACUGAUUCAUUUUGUUUUAAAUAUGAUGCUUUAAUGCAGAAUGGGGCUUGGGAUAUGGUUCCUUACGGGAAAAGUAGGAAUGCUUUGGGCGCAAAAUGGGUGUUUAAGCUGAAGUUAAUGGCUGAUGGUUCUAUUAAAAGACACAAGGCAAGGCUAGUUGCCAAAGGUUUACUUUAAUCAGCUGGAUGAUGUGGAUUUUACUGAGGCAUUUAGUCUAGUUGUAAAGGCUUCAACUGUUAGAACAAUCCUUACAAUUGCUCUGUCAAGGGGUUCGAUUGUGAAACAGUUAGAUGUGUCCAAUACAUUCUUGCAUGCUCACUUAGCUGAGAUUGUAUAUAUGCAGCAUCCUUCAGGUUAUGAAGUGCCAGGAAAGGAGAACUAUGUAUGUCAUUUAAAGAGGUCUCUUUAUGGAUAGAAACAAGCACCGAGGGUUGGUUUCAAAGAUUUAGCACUUUUCUGUUCAGGUUUGGCUUUCAGCAGUCUAAAUAUGAUCAUUCCCUUUUCAUUAACAAAUCAGCAGAUGGUAUAUGUCUCAUUUGGUGUAUGGAGAUGACAUUAAUCCGGACAGGUAGCUCUUCUUCUCUCCUUUCUUCUCUUAUUACAUAUUUGGCUAGUGAGUUUUGUACAAAAAUUUAGGGAAUCUUUACUACUUUCUUGGAAUUGAAGUCUGUAGAAAUGAUACAACUCAUAUGCUACUUACCCAGAAGAAAUAUUCUCUUGAUUUACUAGCUAAUAAAGCAGAUAUGGCUGAUUAUAAACCCGCUGGCUAUCCUGUGGUUAAGGGUCCAAGAACAUCAGUUUUAGAUGGUGAUUUGCUUCAGGAUCUUAUUUCUUACAGAAUCGUUGUUGGUGGCAUACCGUAUUUGACAAUGACAAGGCCAGAUAUCUCUUUCCAGUAAGUUGUGUCGCAAUUCAUGCAUCAGCCAACGACCAUACUGCAGUUGGUAAAGAGGAUACUGAGGGAUGUCCAAGGCACAUUAGGCUCUGGGAUUACAUUGGGUUCUUCUGAUCUUACUUCUCUGGUUGCUUACUCUGAGUGCCCAGCUACUAGGAGAAGCACAGAAGCACUACAGGCUUUUUUUUUGUUUUCUUGUGCAGUUAUUUAAUGUCUUGGUUUCCAAGAACAACCUACUGUGAGUAGGAGUUCUCCAGAAGCAUAACAUAAAGCUUUCUCUGUUGCUUCGACAAAAAUGUUGUGGCUCUCCUAUCUUGUCAAGGAGUUAAUGGGUCCUUUAAAUGACUCCUUUUACUCUCUACUGUGACACUAAGAGUGCUAGUUUCUUGGCUA